CCCGAAACAUCAGCUUUCCUGCUUCUCUGAUGCUGCUUGUCCUGCUGUGUUCAUCCAGCUGUACAACUUGUUACCAAAGAAAGAUGCAGUAGUUUUUGUCAAGGUCUGCCCUGAACAGCUCCAUGAUGCCGGACUCUGUGGUCUAUAGGCUGGUCCCGGGGAUGUACACUGAGAGAAACAUUGACCACGCCUGGAGGAUCAUCAACUCACUGACUUUCUUUCGUCUGCCUGAAACUUGUUGGUCUUCUCGAGUCAAGAGUUGACAUUGACUGAGUGUUGCAGAUUGGUACAUUUCAAGGUCCAGGGCUACAUGCUGACGGAUACACUAAAGCUUUGGGCAGAUACCACCAAGAUGCACUGGGGAAAGAUUACCAUUUAAGGUCUUCCUGCCGAAGUAUAACGGUCGUCCGAUUAGUUGUCAGACCCUCUCAUUGCCUCAGAAUGAACAUCAUCACAUUGUUUCAUGAGGAGAGUGCAUGCAUCAGAUAUGGACAGAAGGGCUGGAUGAACCAGAGGGUAUUUUCCGAUACGAAAACAAGAAACCAGUCAAUGUGGUUCAUCCUUCCAAGGAUGUUGUUUCUCCGUCAGCUGCGGUGAGGAGAAUAGACCCAGCCACUCUCCUUUUCUUCGGGGACGAGGUCUGACAGAUUCUUGUUAAGUUUGGUUGAAAUUACAGUUGCUACAUGUGUGUGAAUUUGGACAUAAACUGAGCAAUGAAGAAAUCUGGAAUGUAUAUCAGGAACAAAAAGAAAGCUUCCAAACAGCAUGUGCGAGAUGAACAAACUGAGGGAAAUAAAGUUAAACCUGCGUUGGAUCAGGGACGAAGUAAUGAAUCAAAGAAAGAAAAGACAGAGCUUUCUGGAUCUUCUCCAUUGUUCUUCAGGAAAUUAAGUAAUCCUGAUCUCUCCUGUGCAUCUGGAAAAGUCUCAAAACUCCAGCAUCAAUUUGGCGAUGAAGAUGGUAAACUUCGAAGAGGGAGCUUUGGCGCUGUACUGGGAGGUAAACACUUGCUGCCUCUUUCAAGUAGCAGUGGACCAUUGACUUGCCAGUUGUCUGGAGAAUCCUCCAACUUGGUACGAAUGAGGAAUCAAAAUUUAGGACAAUCAGCUCCAUCCCUCACUGCUGGCAUGAAAGAAUUAAGUUUGCCAAGAAAAGGAAGUUUUUGCCGUACAAGUAACAGGAAGAGCCUGAUUGUGACUUCAAGUACUUCUCCAACACUACCACGGCCACAUUCUCCGCUGCCAGGGCACACAGGUAGCAGCCCUCUUGACAGUCCAAGAAAUUUUUCUCCAAAUGCAGCAGCUCACUUUUCAUUCAUACCAGCACGAAGCCAUGGUCACAGAGCUGACAGGACUGAUGGACGCCGAUGGUCCCUGGCCUCCCUGCCUUCUUCUGGAUAUGGAACCAAUACGCCCAGUUCCACAGUAUCUUCAUCCUGCUCAUCACAGGAAAAACUUCACCAGCUGCCAUAUCAGCCGACAGCCGAUGAACUGCAUUUCCUCAGCAAGCACUUCAGCACAGAGAGCAUCACAGACGAUGAUGGACGACAGUCUCCUGCCAUGCGUCCUCGGUCACGCAGCCUCAGCCCUGGACGAUCCCCUUGUUUCUACGAUAAUGAGAUAGUAAUGAUGAACCAUGUGUAUAAAGAAAGAUUUCCAAAGGCCACGGCUCAAAUGGAAGAGAACCUCCAGGAAUUCAUUACAUCCAGUGCACCUGAAAAUGUGCUGCCUCUCGCAGAUGGGGUUCUCAGCUUUAUCCACCAUCAAGUUAUUGAAUUGGGUAGGGAUUGCCUGGCAAAAUCCCGAGAUGGGCUCAUUACCUCCAGAUACUUUUUUGAGCUGCAAGAGAACCUCGAGAAGCUACUGCAAGAUGCUCAUGAACGGUCAGAGAGUUCGGAGGUAACAUUUGUGACCCAACUGGUAAAGAAGCUGAUGAUCAUUAUUGCACGGCCAGCGCGACUGCUUGAAUGUCUGGAGUUUGAUCCUGAGGAAUUCUAUCAUUUGUUGGAAGCAGCUGAAGGCCAUGCCAAAGAAGGGCAAGGAAUCAAGACUGAUAUUCCCCGUUACAUCAUCAGUCAGCUGGGGCUCACCAGGGAUCCCUUGGAGGAAAUGGCCCAGCUGACAAGCUAUGAUAGUGGCAAUCCAGAGGCCCCAGAAACUGAUGAUUCUAUUGAUGGUCAAGGCGCCGCAGUUCACACAAAGAAAACUCCAUGUGAGGAAGACUUUGAAAACUUAAAGCUAAUAAGCAAUGGAGCCUAUGGAGCUGUCUACCUUGUAAGGCAUAAGGAAACUCGACAGAGGUUUGCUAUGAAGAAAAUUAACAAGCAGAACCUAAUUCUAAGGAACCAAAUCCAACAAGCUUUUGUUGAAAGAGAUAUCCUUACCUUCGCUGAAAACCCUUUUGUUGUCAGCAUGUUUUGCUCGUUUGAGACUAAACGGCACUUGUGUAUGGUAAUCGAAUAUGUAGAAGGUGGUGACUGUGCAACUUUAUUGAAGAAUAUUGGUGCUUUGCCUGUUGAAAUGGCCAGGAUGUAUUUUGCAGAGACUGUGUUGGCUUUGGAGUACCUACACAAUUAUGGUAUUGUUCAUCGAGACCUCAAGCCAGACAAUCUGCUCAUCACUUCCAUGGGUCACAUCAAGCUGACGGAUUUUGGACUUUCAAAGAUUGGCCUGAUGAGCCUCACCACUAAUUUAUAUGAAGGACAUAUUGAAAAAGAUGCAAGAGAAUUUCUUGACAAGCAGGUAUGUGGAACUCCAGAAUAUAUCGCUCCUGAAGUGAUACUGCGACAGGGUUAUGGAAAGCCAGUGGAUUGGUGGGCCAUGGGUAUAAUCCUGUAUGAAUUUCUAGUCGGAUGUGCUCCUUUCUUCGGAGAUACUCCAGAGGAACUGUUUGGACAAGUGAUAAGCGAUGAGAUAGCUUGGCCAGAAGGAGAUGAUGCUUUACCACCUGAUGCAGAGGACCUCAUCUCAAAGCUGCUAAGGCAAAAUCCAUUGGAACGACUGGGCGCAGGCAGUGUGUAUGAAGUGAAGCAACAUCGGUUUUUCACAGAACUGGACUGGAACAGUCUGCUUCGUCAGAAAGCUGAAUUCAUUCCUCAGCUUGAGUCAGAAGAUGACACCAGUUACUUUGACACUCGAUCUGACAGGUACCAUCAUCUUGAUUCUGAUGAAGAAGAUGACACUAACGAGGAUGACCGGUUAGAACUUAAACAGUUUUCAUCAUGUUCACCAAGAUUCAGCAAAGUUUACAGUAGCAUGGAACGGCUUUCCCUACAUGAAGAAAGGAAAACACCACCUCCAACCAAACGCAGCUUCAGUGAGGAGAAAGAAGAUCGAAUCGAUAAGUUGGAUGGUCUUGGCACUCUGAAGACCCGAGAUAGGAGCUGGAUAAUUGGAUCGCCUGAAAUUAUCCGAAAGCGCAUGUCAUUGUCAGAAUCGUCACACACUGAAAGUGACUCCAGUCCUCCACUAACAGUCAGGCGCCGUUGUUCAACAUUAAUAGAGAUGCCACGUUUUGCUAUUUCUGGGGAAGAUGAGGGAAAGAAGCAGCAAGCAACUAGAACAUGGGAAGACGUGCCCUUAACUAUACCAGAACAACCCGCAGAGAAAGACCUCACACUGGAAGUGGAUGUUAGUCCUGCCACACCAGCUUCGACAAUCAGUAACAUUAGCAGCUCAACUUUAACUGCUGGCAGCACCACUGAUCUAUCUGAUCAGAGGUCUCGCAGCAACAGCACUGAGGGAUCAGACACUUCAACUCCAAAAGCAAUCAGUGACCUAGCAGUCCGCAGAGCUCGGCACAGGCUAAUGUCUGGGGAAUCGACUGAGAAACGCAGCUCGAGGCCAGUUAAUAAAGUGAUCAAAUCAGCCUCUGCAACUGCCUUGUCCCUUAUGAUCCCUUCGGACCACCAUACUGGUUCUCCCUUAGCCAGCCCUAUGUCACCACGCUCUUUGUCGUCCAAUCCAUCCUCACGAGAUUCCUCACCAAACCGUGAUUUUUUUCCUGCCGUGAGCAAUCUGAAGCCUCCAAUCAUUAUCCACAGAGCUGGAAAAAAAUAUGGCUUUACCCUUCGAGCUAUUCGAGUGUAUAUGGGAGAGAGUGAUGUCUUUACAGUUCACCAUAUGGUUUGGCAUGUCGAAGGAGAUGGACCUGCUCAUGAAGCUGGCCUGCAAGCAGGGGACCUGAUAACUCAUGUCAAUGGGGAGCCUGUCCAUGGCCUCGUUCACACAGAAGUGGUCGAGCUCAUAUUAAAGAGUGGAAACAAGGUUUCAAUAUCAACAACUCCUUUUGAGAAUACUUCAAUCAAAAUUGGGCCAGCUCGGAGAUCUAACUACAAGACAAAGAUGGCAAGGAGAAACAAGAAGGGUAAAUCUAAAGAUGGCCAAGAAAGUAAGAAAAGAAGCUCACUCUUUCGAAAGGUUACAAAGCAAGCGACAUUGCUACAUACAAGUAGAAGUUUGUCCUCCCUGAAUCGAUCGCUUUCAUCUGGAGAAAGUGUACCAGGUUCACCAACCCACAACCUUUCCCCUCGCUCACCAACCCAGAGUUAUAGGUCCACACCGGACUCUGUACACUCAGUUGGUGGUAAUUCUUCACAGAGCAGUUCUCCAAGUUCCAGUGUGCCAAAUUCUCCAGCCAGUUCUGGUCACAUUCGCCCAAGCUCCCUCCAAGGAUUGGCUCCCAAACUUCAGCGACAGUAUAGGUCACCCAGGCGCAAGUCUGCAGGGAAUAUCCCCCUUUCUCCUCUAGCUCGUACACCAUCACCCACUCCUCAGCCAACGUCUCCUCAGCGCUCCCCGUCUCCCCUGCCUUCACAUUCUCUGGGCAGUUUGAAUGCAGCACAAUCAUUUCCAGUUAAAUUACACUCUUCCCCACCACUGGUGCGGCAGAUCUCCAGGCCUAAGAGUGCAGAAUCUCCAAGAUCACCUUUAUUAAAGAGGGUGCAGUCAGCUGAAAAAUUGGCUGCCACUCUGUCAUCUGAAAAGAAGUUGUCAUCUUCCCGAAAACACAGCCUGGACAUUUCACACUCAGAAUUUAAGAAAGAAAUGCUGCAGAGAGACCCCAGUCUGCAGAGUUUACAGGAAUCUGCUAAUGAGACGCAAGGCAGCAAACGUGGCCCUGCGGAAAAGGGAACACUAAAGCAACCUGCUGCCCGAAAAAUCGGUAGGCAAGAAUCAUCCGAAGGAAUGAGUAAGGGAAAAUUGAAUGACAAACUGGUAGCAAUAAGACAUGAUAGGGCAGAAAGAAGAGAAGCAUUACAAAAGCAAGAUGCCAUUCACGAGGUAGACAUCUCUGAAGAUGAAAGUGAUGAAGGUUCAGAAGACAGCCAGGAAGGGAGAAAGUUGCAUCGGUCUUCUGCUCAAACUGACGUUUCGAAUUUACUUGAAACGUGUUAUAAUUCACGUAAAGCAGAAAGUAGAGAUUCUUCAGAGGAUGAUCUCAGCUCUAUGUUCUUAUCAGAGUCUAAAGAAAUGAGAAGUUCAGCACCACGUAAAAUAGCAGAACAAUAUCAGUCAGAAGAAUCUUCAACUUACACUGUAUCUGGGGAAAAGGCUGUACUAGAAGAUGAUGUCUUGAACAUAGAGAAGAAUGGCCCGAAUAAAACAGAUUCCAGAGACUUGAAAACUAUUGAAGUAAAACAGCCUAUAAUGGAUUGUGUUACCACAAAAGUUAAUGAUUCACCCAAAAUACUUUCAAUGCAAAAAGCCACAGAGGAACCAUCAAACCAAGAACUCAGGAACACAGCAGCAUUCAAAAUACAUCAAGACAUUCAAAUAGAUUUGUUGGAAGCUGGUAUUGUUAGCAGUAGCACUCCUCUCAAUCAGCUAAUGCAUAGAAAACCUACAGAGGAUGAACAUUACAAACUACCGGAAGCAGAUGAUCAACAUCAGCUUUUCAGUUUGGUGUCAUGUCAUACCUUAGAGCAUCCCCAGAGAAUUGAUGAUCCUAAAAAGGAUGCCAUGCGAACUGAUUGCAAGCCAAGUGUUGAGGUCAAAGGCCAAAUUGUGAAUAAGCAAAAAGAUUCAUUUGGAAUUGGUGCAAAGUCUUUUCAUUCAAAUAAUGCCAAGUCUCUUAAACAUUCCACUGUAGAGGAAAUGGACAGAAGAUCAAGCCAAAGUGAGCAAAUAUUAAACGAAAAUGAGAGGCCUGACACCAAAACUCAACCUGUGAUAAAUAUGGAAAGCACCGGUAGCUCAAAAUGCUCUCCAGCUAGCUUUGUUAAAACGCCUUUUGUUUCCCAUUUAGCCACUGUUGCCAAAAAUGUAUUGGGUCCAGUGAAGUUGGCCAUCCCUGGGAUAACAGAGACUGAGAGGAGGAAAGAAGUAAGUUCACAUGAUUUGGUAGCCAGGAAUGAUAAAGAAGGGCCACAUUUUAACACAUUUAGCCCUGCUACAGUGUCGAGCAUCACAACACCCUUAUCAAAGCCUGAAAGUUCAAAACUGAAAUUCGAAGAGAAGGGCAUCGUUUAUGGUUCACUGUUAAAACCUGAGCCAAUUGUGGAAGCUUCAUGUGAGCAAAAAGCUGUGCAAGAUACUGCAAGAAUUUCAUCACCAGAACAGCAACAGAAUGUGGAAAAGUGUGGGAGAGAUCAACCUGGGAGCUGUCGUGUAAAAAGUAAAGAAUCAGUAGACUGUAAGACAGGGCAGAACUUGCAGCUGUCACACAAAUUUGCAUGUGAUAAUUUCAAAAAAACAUAGUUGAUAAUUUCCAGCUUGAGGCAAGUGGGUCAUCAGCAUUUAACUAUAAAUACCUUUUUUUGGAGGUUACUUAAAGCUGCAUGUUUGACUUUGUAUCCAGACACUAUUGCAAACAAAACAAAAAUCAAAUAUGUAUGAAUAGUUUAGCAUUUUCUUAACACUAUAGUCAGUUUUGGGGGAAAGCCCUGCGCUGCUGAUCUGCUACUGUUUUAUUUUUUGUUUGGAAGCGAGCUAACAUUUCAAACAGGGUAGCUGGCAUUUUUUUCCUACUCUAUUGCGAAUACCAAUUUGAGUUUAAGUUGGACCAAGGAUCCUUUUGAAAAUUGCAAAUUGGUGGUAGUUCCUGUGUACACUGUGAUUUUAUGAGAAAUGCCAUAAUGCGCAUUAAUGAAUACAAGACAUUUAGCAGUCAUAUCAUCUCUGUUUUCCUCAUUUUCAAAUUUAAGUGACUCCUAUCUGCGAAAUGUCUAUGAUGCACAUUGACAGCGGUAUACGUGCAACCCAAGUUUGCCAACAAAGCCUUGCGAGAGGCUUAUCGUUAUUAUUUACUAGAUUCUUUGUUGUCAUGGUGUUGCCUGAACUCUUAGCUCUGUAAUGUAACUUGUCACUGUGCAAGGUAAUACAUUCCUGCAGAGCAUUUGACAGUGUACUGUAUUUUGUCCUUCUUUUGUAUUAAUGUAUCAGAGAAAUGUAUCUUAUUUAUUGUAAAUAUAUACACGACAGUCUUGGAUGUCUUUCUGGGUUUGUGCCACAUAGAUAUUUUGUUUUCCUGGAGAAAUGUUGUGAAUAUGUAAUGGAAGUACUUUCACAAAAAAGUGAGAAGCAUUUAAAAAAAACGUUUUAGUACUUAUUUAAUCAAUAUAGAACGUUACCAUGAACUGUUGCAGUAGGGGCUUUUGUGUUGCAUUAUUAUUGGCAUGUUGAAUUUAAUGUCAUCCCUUUAAAUAUAAAGAAUUUUUUCAUAUUUCAAAACACAUGUUGAAUAAUACCUAGAUGACCUAAAAUAUUUAUGGCAGUUUGCUUCACUUUUUUUUUUAAAAGCUCCCAUUACAACAAUAUAACAACUUUGCGAUAGUUUUAUGUAACUGUUAGUUUUCAGUGAUGUGAAAGUUUUAAUUUGGUUUCACUUUUUCUUUUUCCUUUGUUUCUCCCUGCCAAUCCCCUCCCAACCAAACCCUGCCCCUAAUCAUGUUGCUGUUAUGAUGUAUUGCACUAAUAGAACUCGGAGCUUCUGCUAGCCUAACAAUCGUAGAUUGCUUUGUUUCAUUAGCAGCUACAUUUUGCUAAAUGUGUCAGAUAGUUGAACUGAGUAAGUUAGACUGUUAUCAGUUAAUACUGACUGAUUUUAAUUGCUGUGUUUAAAUUUUUAAAAUAAAAAAGGAAAAGUGCAGGUUCUAAGGACAUUACAGUACUGUGGAGCUCCUUCUUUUAUUCACAGUACAUCUAACUUUCAGCUAUAAUGUUUUCACUCAAAAGUUAAUGAGGAAGAAUACUUGAAAUAAAGGGGGUGUGUUUACUGCCGUGAAAAGGGGUAUGGCAUUUUCUUUUGUGUUGUCUUUCAUAUUUCUUAAUUUGGAAUGAAGAUUUGUGCUUGUUUUCUAAAUGCUUUAAUGCCUCACAAGACCACAGACAGUACUAUGCAACACUCUAGUAGUGUUCAUUAUCUAAAUGGCAAUGGGUGUGCACCUGCAAUUAUGACAGAUAUAAAAAAAACUUAUAAAUUACAGAUUAAUUGUGUUUAAUUUGUUCUUUGAUGUGGCGGUUAAGACAUAAUUUGCAACACUGUGACAAAGAAAUGUGAUUAAUUUCUAAAUUGUGCAUAAAUGUGGUAUGAUUCAGUUAUUUUUAAAAAAACCAGUAUUCCAAUUUCAACACGUCAUUUGCAAUAAAGACACUUCUUAACAAGUAAAAAUAAUUUAAAAUGAAUUUAAAUUAAUUGAAAUAUCCUGUUCAAUCUGCUACAUUUUGACAUAAUAAGAGUUAGUUAUAUAUCACCUCCGAGAAAUGUCUGAAUGCUUUUUGUACACAAAGGAUCAGUUGUGAUGCCCUCAGUAUGGAUUCAAUUCCAACACAGGCUGAGGUUAGCAUGAACUAUUCUCCUUCUCAGCCUUUCCCCUGGCCUGAGGCAUGGUGACCCUAAAGUUAAACCACCACCAGUCGUCUCUCUCUGAUGAAAGAGCAACCGUAUGGUCCUAUGAGGCAAUGACAACUAUGUUUUACAGCAGUUGACUUCCAAAUGCAGAUCUAUGUUAUAAUGCAUAAGCAUAUGUAUUGGAAAGGGCUUUUAGUCACAGAGCACGCGUGUUCUUUCCAUAGACUACAUAUAUAUCAAUGUAAUUCUUAAAGCCUCUGAGCAUGUUGAGCUAUCACAAAUGAAAUCUCUGAGAAGAAUAAAUAAUGUAAUCCUUUUUCUAAAACCUCAUAAAAUAAUAUAGUGAAAUUUCACAGUAACUUUCUAAUAUUACAGCUUAUUUUACUCAAUCUUAACCACUUUAAUGAUAUUAUUGACAUUUAUGCAGCCUCGGCAUAGUACAGAGUUAUAUUUUUUGAAAAUUGCCUAUUGACUGAUAUAACACAAAAUGUUUAUAUAUGCCCUUGUUAAUUAGUUAUUUAUCCAGUUUCUUUUUUGCUUGAGUUUAGGAACAUAAAACUAUUAAAAGGGCAAUAUCCAUACAACUUUCCUUUGUACGUUGAAAACAAGUUUAAUUUUGUGCAUUUUUGCUUGUAACUUGGUGAGAUACUUCUGGAACCUCUGUGAUUCCUCCAAUUUUUCUGACAUUUUUUUGAAGAGCGAGUUGUGAGAAUUGUGCACAAUAUUCCCAAUGACCUUUGCAAUGAGUUAUGUGAAAGUAAAAUAGUUGCUUGCACAUCUAAUGUGGUUCUUUACACAUUGAGUUCUAUGUUGAAAUAGCAGCAGUGAAGUGCUUUGACCAUAAAGAGGCACAUUUCGGCAGUUGGUUUUUAUCCAGGCCAAUAUUACUCCACUGGUUCAGACAAAAUAAACGGUAGAAGUUUACCAAAUGUUCUGUAAUAAUAAUGUGGCUGAGUAGAUGGGAUGUGUUUCCAUACAGAGUCAACAAUUACGCUGCAUUAGGCAAACACAUUUUACAAAUGUGGAUUAUGUGGUCUUUUAGUUUGAAGCCUCUUAGCCAUAGUAAUCUGUUUCAGUCUGUGCUUUAACCAAUUGACCAAAACUAAAGUUACUUCACUUUGUGGUUUCUAAGAGUCUUUGCUACGGAUCAGGGGUUUCCCUUAAGGAGAAGAUUAUCCAAAGUUUCCUUCAAUCUCAAAGGAGAAAUAUUUCUUGAAAAUCAAAUGUUUUGGUGAAUUCAAGUUGAAUUGAAACUUAAGUGCUGUCUUUCUGUUUGUUUGAUUGUUAAUGAGUGCCUCCUCCAUUCAGUUUGAUUAUUUCUGGUUCACAGUAAUACAAAAAUAAAGUCACAUAGUACUUUGGUCACCAAAGUGCAUUUCUUAUCCUUCAUUGGUCAGUGUUUAUAUGAAUAAGUCCCCUUUUCUGACUAUUUCUCUUUCCCAUGCACACACCCUGCCUGUAACUAAACCAUGGAGAGUAACCUAUCUACAGACUAGCCACUUACAUAACAAGAUGGCUUCAAUCAACAUGCUAAUGCACACGGGGCAUUCCAUUAAACUGAGACUGAAAAAGGAAGUGAAAAAUACCGGAAAAAAAAAAUCGGUCAGUGGAAUUCCUUUGGUCAAGGAAAUAUGGUGUUGAUCGAUUGUAAAGACACUAUUGAAUGCAGGCUCUAUAUUAAGACUUCUUUUGGUACACUUGUUCAACAUUUGUUCCAAUUCCAAGAUGACAGUGGGUACUCAAAACCUUUAGUUUUGUGCAUACACCUACCUAGCUGAAGUUUUCCAGAUAAGAGCUUACUUGUUUUCUUUCACUUCUUCAGCUAGAUUUUUCAGAAGCCCUGUCCACUGAUCACAGCAGCCCUGCAGCCUUGUAACAUCCCAUGGAUUGUUAAAUGACUGCACUUGGGACUUCAGCCCAUAGUCAGGAGCAAGUCGAUCCUUGGAAAUCACUGUAGCACCAGUAGUGUAAGGACUGGAGCUAGAAACUCCCACAAAGGAAUUUUGUUUUUUGCCCUCUCUGCCUGCACACUUAUUGGCAGGGGACUAAGAUUUCUGCCUCUUGUUUUGCCCAAGAUCCAACCUAAAUAAACAAAAGCAAAAUGCUGCAGAUAUUGAAAACCUGAUUGUAUUAAAAAUAACUGCUGGAAAAACUCAGCAGGAUGGACAACAUCUGUGAAAAAUAAAACAGGUUAUAUGUUUAAGAUCAAUGAGCUGUGUAAUUAGAACUGCUUGAGGGAUUUAAGUGUAGGAAAUGCGUUAUUGUGAAUGAAAAUACCUAUGUAAAUAAAGAAAGUAUUCAAUGCAAACAUCUGUUGGAGUAAAGUAAGACAGUUCUGAUGAAAGGUCAUUGAGCUGGACGUACAGGCAUGGGUUAGGAGCAGUCAAAGGCCAUUAGGCCCACUCAAGUCUCCUCCUCCACUUAAUAGAAUCAUGGCUGAUCUGAUUCGAAUCUCAACUCCACCUUCCUACCUAUCCCCCUUUCUUCUCAAGUCUGUCUACUUCUGCCUCAAAAAUAGUCAAAGAUUCUGUUUCUACAGCCUUUUGCAGAAGAUUAUUUGAAAACCUAUGACUCUCUGAGAAAAUCAUGGCUGGAUUUUUGUGGAGUUCAGGAGACUUUGUAGAACUUUGAAAAAGGUGGUUGGGAACAUUUCCGGGGACCCAGCACCCCAGUUAUUCUCACUGUGCGAUAAUGGCAUGGGCUG